GUGGCAAAAGAAGGCUGAGGGGUGGUGGGAUGGCGCUGGGGGUCUCGGGUGACCCAGCGUGACUGCUGAGGGGCUGUGGGGUGAGGCAGAGGGGGCUGUACGGUGAGGUAGGAGUCAAGGGGGUCUAAUGGAAUGGCUGCCCCAGUGCCCCCCCACUUUGCAUCCUUUGAAAAAGUGGGGUGAGCUGUGCCACGGCAGCGGGGGGGCAGAGGCUUGGUUGGAGCCGGAGCACCAGCUUUUCCCCGCUGGGAGGUGCUCGAACCCAUCACAGACCUGCCCUCUCUCCCCACCAGGCGCUGAAGGGAUCCGAAAGGAAGCUUGGUCCCUGCAGAGGGUUGUCCCCAGGGGAUCCCAGAUGGCUCCAGUUAAAAUCAGCUACAUCGUGUCCUUCUCCUCACAGGACCCCAAAUACCCAGUGGAGAACUUGCUGCGUGAGGAUGGCCUGCGUCCUUGGCUCAGCUGCCCCCAGGACCGCAGCAGGCAGCUGAGAGUGGAGCUGCAGCUGGAGAGAGCCAGUCCCAUCGGCUAUGUGGAUGUUGGCAACUGCGGCUGCGCCUUCCUCCAGAUCGAGGUGGGACGUUCCUCAUGGCCGCUGGACCAGCCCUACCUCACCCUGGUGCCCAGCGUCGCGCUGAUGACGCCGGCUGACUCGAAGCUGGACCAGAACCGCUGCGGGGUUCGGAUGUUUAAGGAAGCCGACUUCCUGGCGCUGGCGGUGGGGCAGAAGUGGGACCGCCUGCGGCUCACCUGCAGCCAGCCCUUCAGCAAGCACAGCCAGUUCGGGCUGUCCUUCCUCCGUGUGCGCACGCCACUGGACCCCGAGCACGCCCUGCCGCCCCCGCCCUCGCAGCAAGGCCCGGAGGAUGCUGAGCCUGCGGACGGCCCCUGGCGCUCCAGCCCUGCCUUUUGCCGAACUUUCUUUCCAGAACCGCGCUCGAGCUCGAGGGAGGAGGAGCAGCUGAAGAGCCGCCUGCAGCAGCUGGAGCCGGGCUCCUGGAGCCCAGCCCGCCUCAGCCGCCCGGCCCAGAUGGUGUUAUCGGCGGCGCGGAGCCGGGCGCUGAGGCCCAGAGCUGGCACAAGUGCCCCGGGGAAUGACCUGGAGCCGCCAGCUGAGAAGCCAGGAGGCCCUGCGGUGCCAGGGUGCGCGCAGGAUGCGCCCACAGCCCGCACGAGAGCCCGCAGGCAGCCGGACGGCAGGCAGAGCGCUCCCAGGUCUCUGCCAGCCGCCUCAAGGCAGUCCAGGUCGGGAGGAAGAGCCAGAGCCCGCAGCCACCGAGAGAGACGGGCCAGGAGGGGUGACAGUGGAGGGGACAGUGGUCAUGGGGAGACGGGCGUCUGCCCCAUCUGCUCAGGCCGCUUCAGCCUGGAUCUCCUCCCCGUGCACGCCUCCCGCUGCGGGGAGGAAGACCCCGCCGCAGCCUGGCCUUCCUCCCCGCUGGCGGAGGCAUCCCCCGCCGCCUGGGUGUCCUGCCCCAUCUGCCAGCAGCCCUUCGGCGCGGCGGAGGUGGCGCGGCACGCCAGCACCUGCGGGGAGCAGCCAGGGUGGCCGGGCGCCCCGUCCCCAUCCCACCGCGUCGGGUAGGGCCGCGAGGGCAGCGGAGGACGGACAAACCCCCGCGUUGCUGCGGCUGUUGGAGGCGCAGGAGCGGAGCCCUGCCUGCCCCGUCGGGUGAGCUGCCGCCUGUGCUGGCGGAGCUGGUUGUGCCACGGCGAGGCGUGUGGGCAGGAGUUGGGCAGGGAACGAGCCUGCGCAGGAGCGCCGGCCACGCUGGCAGAGGCACAGCGGCCCCGGUAAAGUUGUGGCAAGGCUGGUGUGGGGAGGGAGAGGCUGCUUCCACCCCCAAGGCUGGGCUUUGGGGGAGCAUGGGAGCCACCCC